AUGGCUCGUCAGAACAGUACGUCCGAGGUGCGUGACGAGAACGAGUCCGCGGGGAUCGAGCCUAUACCAGGUCUAUGGAGCCGAGUAUGGAAAGACAACAAAGGCGCCAUCUACAUUCUCAUCUCUGAACUCUUUGGGACCUCGACAGAUGCCAUUGUCCGAGGUCUGCAGCAAGGCCGAGGUGGAAAUGGCAUGCACCCCUUUCAAGUUAUCAUUGCACGUCUGGGAGUCACCUUUGUCUUGAGUGCGUUGUAUAUGUGGUGGAAAGAGGUUCCCGACUUUCCUUUGGGAAACCGUGCGGUCAGAGGCUGGCUUGUGCUCAGGGCCGUCUUUGGAUUCUUCGGUCUAUUCUGUCUCUACUACUCGGUGCACUAUAUCCCCCUCGCAGAAUCAACCGUCAUCCGGUUCCUCGUCCCGAUCGUCACCGCCUGGGCAUGCUCCAUCGCCCUCGGCCAGCGCUUCCUCCGCAAAGACCUCGUCGCGGGACUCGUCGCCCUGGUCGGCGUGAUCAUCAUCGCCCACCCGGAAAGCAUAUUCGGCAAGGUCGACGAUGCCAUCGGCGUCACCAAACCCGGCCAGAUUGAUCACGUGACACCGGCCCAACGUCUCAUCGCCAUCACGGUCGCUCUCCUAGGCGUCUUGGGGGCUUCGGGUGCGUACACGACCAUCCGGAUCAUCGGCCCGAGGGCUCACGCCUUGAUGACCGUGAACUACUUCGCCUUCUUGGGGACUGCUGCUUCGACUGUGGCGCUGCUUGUCAUCCCUGGCAUCGGGUUCGUGAUGCCAAAUGGAGCACGCGAGUGGUUACUGCUUCUCGCUUUGGGCGUCCUCGGCUUCGGGCUGCAGUUCUUGCUCACAGCCGGAUUGCAGAUGGACCGGAGCAGCAAGGCGACCAGCAUGUUGUACACGCAGAUCCUCUUUGCGCUUGGAUUCGACUGGGCCAUCUGGGGCGUUAUUCCCGGGCGGUGGAGUCUACUUGGUGGGAUGAUUGUGGUCGUGAGUACGUUUUGGUCUGCCUUGCAACCGCCACCGAAGCCCUCGGAUGAGGACAAGACGGUUGCUGUUGUUGACGAGGAGACUGCCCUUCUUGGUGCCCAGAUAGAAUCAUCCGGGGCGCAGGCUCAGAGGAGGCAGGAUAUCAACGGGUAG